UUUCGAAGCUUCGUCUCUGCGACUGUUUAUACGGUGCUUUACGAAAAACUUAAACUAUGCCACCCAAAGCGAGCGGCAAAGCUGUGAAGAAAGCCGGAAAGGCUCAGAAGAACAUUAGCAAAACUGACAAGAAAAAGAAGAGGAAGAGGAAGGAGAGCUAUGCUAUCUACAUCUAUAAAGUACUAAAGCAAGUACAUCCGGACACUGGAAUCUCCAGCAAAGCCAUGAGCAUCAUGAACAGCUUUGUCAACGACGUUUUCGAACGUAUCGCUGCAGAGGCAUCCCGUUUGGCGCAUUAUAACAAACGCUCGACGAUUACCUCUCGGGAAAUUCAAACUGCUGUGAGACUUCUGCUACCUGGAGAAUUGGCCAAGCACGCUGUGAGUGAAGGCACCAAAGCUGUCACCAAGUAUACCAGCUCCAAGUGAACAAUUACUCUCAAGAUCACAACGGCCCUUAUUAGGGCCCCAAUUUCUUUUAUACGUUGGAUAUCUUCACGCUUUGAAUAUGCCUUUGAAAUAGCAAUGCACAAUAUUUUAUGUUUCACAAAGAACCAUAGUCAAUUUAUUUAUUUUAUAAACUGCAAAAUUUAUACAAUUUAAAAAGUGCAGACACUUUAGAAAAUCGUAGGGAACGUACAUUCAUCAUUUAGCUAUUUAGGAAAGAAAAAUUAUUUAAACAUAAUUUUAAACAUGCGGUUUUGCAUGAGAGUUUAAUUAAAGUCCUAAAUCCUGUCAGAAUUUAUUGUGAAAAAUAUAAAACAAAAAUUAUUCUUUUAAAUAUACAUUAACAAAUAAAUGUGUUAUAAAGUUGUAAAAUAAAAUUAAAAAGCUUGGUUUUAUUUAA